CUGGGCUGUCCCGACGUGACGUCCGGCGCCCCGGACCCGGGGCCAAGGAGGAGAGGAUCGCCUUCCAUAAAUAGCGCGGGGAGGGAGCGCACAGGGAGAAAAGGCGCCGCCGUCUAAAGUCUAACGGGAUCUCUCCCGGGCCGGAGCCGGAGUCGGACCGAGCUCGGCGCAGCCCCCCUCGCUUUCCGCAGAGACCCCCACUCUCCAGGACCCGGGCGCGGCCCCAGUCGCAGCCAUGCCCUUAUCUCCCUCCCGUGGACUGCUGCUCGCCUUCGUCUGCCACCUCGUCAGCGGUCAGAGACAGGCGCCAGUGGGGGGAGACGUGGCGCCCCAGAUGCUUCGGGAGAUGAAAGAGACCAAUUUGGUACUGCAGGAGGUGCGGGAACUUCUCAAGCAGCAGAUUAAAGAAAUCACCUUCCUGAAGAAUACGGUGAUGGAGUGUGAUGCUUGUGGCAUGCAGCCCGUGAGUAGCCCGUGGACGAGCGUGCGGCCGCAGAGAAGCUGCGAGCCCGACUCCUGCUUCCCCGGCGUCACCUGCACCGAGACCCCGGGCGGCGGCUUCCGCUGUGGGCCCUGUCCUCCGGGCUACUCGGGUAACGGAUCCCACUGCACGGACGUGAACGAGUGUAACGCGCAUCCCUGCUACCCCCGGGUCCGCUGCAUCAACACCAGCCCGGGAUUCCGCUGUGAAGCCUGCCCUCCCGGGUACAGCGGGCCCGCCCACGAGGGCGUGGGCUUGGCUUUUGCCAAGGCCAACAAGCAGGUUUGCACUGACAUCAAUGAGUGUGAGACUGGCCAGCACAACUGUGUCCCCAACUCUAUGUGCACCAAUACUCGGGGAUCCUUCCAGUGCGGGCCCUGCAAGCCAGGGUUUGUGGGAGAUCAGGCCUCUGGCUGCCGGAGGAAAACCCAACGGAUGUGUCCUAAUGGGGAGCCCAGUCCCUGUCAUGAAAAUGCUGAUUGUAUCCUGGAGAGGGACGGCUCUACGUCAUGUGUGUGUGCUGUGGGCUGGGCUGGCAAUGGGCUCGUUUGUGGUAAGGACACCGACCUGGACGGCUUUCCGGACGAAAAGCUGAGGUGCCCGGAUAGGAAGUGCCGAAAGGAUAACUGCCUAAAGGUGCCCAACUCGGGCCAAGAGGAUGUGGACAAAGACGGCAUCGGGGACGCCUGUGACCCAGACGCGGAUGGGGACGGGAUCCUGAACGAGCAGGAUAACUGCGUCCUGGUCCGGAAUCCAGACCAGCGAAACACCGAUGAGGACAAGUGGGGGGACGCCUGCGACAACUGUCGUACGGAGAAGAAUGACGACCAGAGGGAUACGGACAGCGAUGGCCGGGGGGAUGCCUGUGAUGAUGACAUCGAUGGGGACCGGAUCCGGAACGCUGCCGACAACUGUCCCCGGACCCCCAAUCCAGACCAGCGGGACAGUGAUAGAGACGGGGUGGGAGACGCCUGUGAUAACUGUCCACAAAAAGGCAAUGCUGACCAGAAAGAUGUGGAUCACGACCUGGUAGGGGACGCCUGCGACAGUGACCAGGACCAAGACGGGGAUGGUCACCAGGACUCUCGGGACAACUGCCCCACCGUGCCCAAUAGCUCCCAGCAGGACACCGACAAGGACGGGCUGGGCGAUGCCUGUGAUGACGACGACGACAAUGAUGGAGUCCCAGACAGCCACCCCCCGGGGCCGGACAAUUGUCGCCUCGUCCCCAACCCGAACCAGGAGGAUGCUGAUGGCGACGGCGUGGGCGACGCCUGUCAGGGCGAUUUCGAUGCGGACAAGGUCGUGGACAAGAUCGACGUGUGCCCCGAGAACGCAGAAGUCACCCUCACGGACUUCCGCGCCUUCCAGACGGUGGUCUUAGAUCCAGAAGGAGAUGCGCAGAUAGACCCCAACUGGGUGGUCCUCAACCAGGGGAUGGAGAUCGUGCAGACAAUGAACAGCGACCCCGGGCUGGCUGUGGGCUACACGGCCUUCAACGGCGUGGACUUCGAAGGCACGUUCCACGUGAACACGCUCACGGACGAUGACUACGCGGGCCUCAUCUUCGGCUACCAGGACAGCUCCAGCUUUUACGUGGUCAUGUGGAAGCAGAUGGAACAGACCUACUGGCAGGCGAAUCCCUUCCGAGCCGUGGCUGAACCCGGCAUCCAGCUCAAGGCGGUGAAGUCAUCCACAGGCCCCGGAGAGCAGCUGCGGAACGCCCUGUGGCACACAGGGGACACCAACGACCAGGUGAAGCUCCUCUGGAAGGACCCCAGAAAUGUGGGCUGGAAGGACAAGACGUCCUAUCGGUGGUUCCUGCAGCACCGGCCGCAAGUGGGCUACAUCCGGGUCCGCUUUUAUGAGGGUCCUGAGCUUGUGGCCGACAGUAACGUGGUACUGGACACAACCAUGCGAGGAGGCCGUCUCGGCGUCUUCUGCUUUUCCCAGGAAAACAUCAUCUGGGCCAAUCUCCGUUACCGAUGUAAUGACACGAUUCCAGAGGACUAUGAGACCUAUCGCCUACAACAUAACUGAAGUCAGAGGAAGGGGGUGGCCACCUGCUCCUGGCCAAUGCCCCCCAACCCCUUUACCUACACACCACUAACCCCCCGCCCCGAGGGCUGCAGGAGCCGAAGCUGCAGGAGCCCCUCUGGCAGCGGGUCCCGAGGGCAAAGCCAACAACCCACGGCAACAUCCUCAGUGCCCUGUAUUCUCUGCAAGAAGGAUGAGGGAGAGCCUGUGGGGGUGGCCACCCCCUCCCUGUGGAGGGGGAAGGGAGCAAACAGGAAGGACAAUAAAGACCUCAGUUCAUUCCCACUGCUGUGGUGGUCAGUGCUGGGUGGGGAGGGGGACACUGAGCAAGGCCCACCACUUCUCGCCCCCCCUCCCCCUGUGGCUUCCCCCAGCUUCCGGUUUACGAGCCCGUGGGCCACCACGGGCCUAUAUAUGCAUGCAUCUACAUGUGAGCACCCCCUGCGUGUCCGUGUGGAUGAGGCUGAAGCCAGAAGAGAGGAAAAAUGGACGAGCCAGAGACGAAAACAUUUGAAUUUUAUUACAUUUCCUUUACAAAGAAUGCAAAGAUACAAAGACAAAGCGUCCACAGGAAAAAGAGAAUGGGGCUGAAGUGGGGGGGCCGGGAGCCCGGGUACAGUCCAGGUGGGCUGGGCCAGGCCGGCCGGGCGCCUGCAGCCUGGCC